AGAGUAACGGAGAUUGGAUGGGGUUGCAUAGCUGCAGAUGACAAGAGGCCCAUCGCCGAGCGUAUCAGGGAGAUUCAGCGGCUCAGGAAGAUUGGGCAACUUCCUCCUGUCUAUCCCAAUGGGUGGUUUGCUGUGACCGAGUCCAGAAAGGUCAAGGUGGAACAGGUGAUUCAGGUGCAAGUGUUCGGGGAGACGCUGGCGGUGUUUCGGAGUAAGGACGGCACAGCACACGUAACGGACGCUUACUGUCCCCAUAUGGGCGCCAACAUGGCAGUAGGCGGUGUGGUAAAAGGAGACUGUCUUGAGUGUCCCUUUCAUGGUUGGCUAUUCAGAGGGUCUGAUGGCUCCUGUGCCCACAUUCCAUAUUCAAGUAAAGCUGUGCCUAAGACGGCUAAUGUAAAGCGAUGGGAGUCACGCGAAGUAAACGGUCGCAUAUACGUGUGGUACGACGCAGAGGGAAGACUUCCGCAAUGGCACAUCCCUGAAAUCGGCCACAUCACCCGCGGAGAGUGGUCCUACCGCGGAAGGACCUACCAUGAAGUCCUCGCACAUAUUCAGGAGAUUCCCGAGAAUGGAGCAGACAUGGCCCACCUAGGACACUUGCACGUGCCUAACAUUUUAAAAGGAAACGAUUUGAGGGACGCAUUUGCCAACAACCAGGUAAUGGACUUAGCUGAGCAUGCGUGGAACGGUGAGUGGCGAGCCCGUGAGUCUCCAGAAUCCCAUAUGGCUGAACUGGUCAUGACGCACUCUCUCUCCUUCAUCGGCGGCAAGUUCAAGCUUUUCAAGAUGACUGUCAGGGCCGAACAAAUUGGGCCAGGCAUCGUGCACCUGCAUUUCGACACCGGGCUCGGCGCCGGCAUCCUUAUCCAGACCGUCACGCCCAUCGAGCCCCUCAGGCAGAAGAUCGUCCAUGAGUUCUACACUUCGAGCACCUUCUUCGCCCCAUACGCCAAGUUUGUCCUUCUCUGCGAAGCCUACCACUUGGAGCGCGAUAUCAUGAUCUGGAACAGCAAAGUCUACCAGUCGCAGCCGUUGUUGGUGGCAGAGGACCGCCAAAUCCUCAAGUUCCGCCGAUGGUACAACCAGUUCUACUCGGAGAACAGUCCAAAGUUCAACUUCAGGAAAGAGUCAUUCGAGUGGUGAUGCGCGUACCCAGUGGCGCUGCCUCAUGGAAAUAAUGCUAUUCUGUCUUUGCACUUUCCACACACACGGGAGGUAAAGGACAUGUGUGUGAAAAGUUGGAUGCUAUUCAUGACAACAAGAAACCAUUUCUUGUGACAGUUUGAUCAUCUUGAAGACGUUAGUGAUAGCUGUGUACUGUAGAACCAUACCCACGAGAAGCCAAGUAACUUCGAAAUUAUCAUUCAAAGGAAAUAAGACAAAAGACACAUUGGUCUAUGUGAUACAGCAAUUCCAGACGUGAAAUGUGUGAGUUGAGGAGAUCAAUAUUUUACAAUCUGGAACUAACUAACUUUCGCGUGAUGUAUGUGUAGCAAUGGUGAAAAAUAUCGGUGGUGUGGAAAAAAACGAAAAAUAGUGUUGUAUUAGAAGUUUAUUGAGGUGACUGGUAAGCUAAAUUUGUUCCGAUCAAGACGUUGAUGAAUCGAUAUGUGUGCGUGUG